CCGAACCCAUAUGGCAAGGAACAUAUAUUAAAUUCGACUUGGAUCGGCUCGUCUGCAACCGCUGAAACUCCCUCCAAGUUGAUCAAAUUAAAAACGUCCCUCCACAGUCCACACUGGAUACCGACAUAGAGAGAGAGAGAGAGCAAAGCCCAACUACUAUUAUAAUCCCAACUCACUCUGAUCAAAUUCCACACAGAAUUGAGCAACCGUACACGGCCCAACCACCAUGGAAAGAUCCUCCGGCGACGGUGGCGGCGAUAACCGAAAGAAGAAGGAGGAAGACGAAGAGGAGGUUGAAUUAUCCGUGGAGCGGAUAUUCGAGUCGAAGGAGGUGCCGCUGUGGCGGAGCCAGCUGACGGUCAGGGCGUUGGCGGUGAGCUUCAUGCUGGGAGUGCUCUUCACGUUUAUCGUGAUGAAGCUGAAUCUGACGACGGGGAUUAUUCCGUCGCUCAACGUGUCGGCCGGUCUGCUGGGGUUCUUCUUCGUCAAGACGUGGACGAAGUUUCUGGAGAAAUCGGGGCUGCUUGACCAGCCGUUUACGAGGCAGGAGAAUACCGUGAUUCAGACCUGCGUCGUUGCUUCUUCCGGCAUUGCCUUCAGCGGAGGUUUUGGGAGUUACCUCUUUGGCAUGAGUGAAGUCAUUGCAAAACAGUCAACUGAAGCUAAUGAUGCACAAAACAUAAAGAACCCAGGAUUGGGGUGGAUGAUUGCAUUUCUUUUUAUUGUUAGCUUUCUUGGACUUUUUUCUAUUGUUCCUCUUCGAAAGAUAAUGAUCAUAGACUUCAAACUGAUUUAUCCUAGUGGCACCGCAACUGCUCACCUUAUAAACAGCUUCCAUACUCCUCAAGGAGCCAAGCUAGCAAAGAAACAAGUCAGAGCUCUAGGAAAGUUCUUCUCAUUCAGCUUCUUGUGGGGCUUCUUCCAGUGGUUCUUCACUGCCGGGGAUAGUUGUGGAUUUGUAAACUUCCCUACGUUAGGUCUCAAAGCAUAUGAAAACAGGUUUUACUUUGAUUUUUCAGCAACUUAUGUCGGUGUGGGGAUGAUAUGUCCACAUCUAAUCAACAUAUCUUUGCUAGUUGGAGGCAUACUAUCAUGGGGUAUAAUGUGGCCACUUAUACGAGACAAAAAGGGCCAUUGGUACUCUGCAGACCUUAGCCCAAGCAGCCUCAAUGGCCUUCAAGGUUACUCGCUCUUCAUAGGAAUAGCGAUGAUCCUUGGUGAUGGGCUCUACAACUUCACCAAAGUUCUUGGUCACACUCUAUUCGGUUUAUAUCGCAAACUCACCACGAAAGACCCCGGAAGUGUCCUCCCAGUUGGCACUUGCUCCCCUACACCAAAUUCAUCCAUCUCCUAUGAUGACCAGCGGAGGACACAACUAUUUCUCAAGGACGAAAUCCCAACUUGUUUUGCAGUUGUCGGGUAUGUUGGUAUAGCCAUUAUAUCUUCCGCAACACUACCGCAUAUUUUCCCACCACUCAAAUGGUAUUAUAUCGUGGUUAUCUACCUAUGUGCCCCUACACUAGCCUUUUGCAAUGCUUAUGGUUCUGGACUUACGGACUGGUCCUUGGCACCCACCUAUGGAACAUUGGCGACUUUCACAAUUGGGGCAUGGGCAGGAUCCUCUCAUGGUGGGGUCCUUGCCGGUUUGGCCGCUUGUGGGGUCAUGCUGAACAUCGUCUCAACUGCAUCGGAUCUAAUGCAGGAUUUCAAAACCGGGUACAUGACCAUGGCGUCACCCCGGUCCAUGUUUGUCAGCCAAGUCAUUGGAACCGCAAUGGGUUGCGUUAUUUCUCCUUGUGUGUUUUGGCUCUUUGUCAAGGCUUUUCAUGAUCUGGGGGUCCCUGGCUCAGCAUAUCCUGGCCCUUAUGCUGCUGUUGCUCGCAACAUGUCAAUACUAGGGGUUGAAGGUUUCUCAGCUUUGCCAAAGCAUUGCCUCACACUUUGCUAUGUUUUCUUUAUCGGGGCUGUGGUUAUCAAUGCUAUUAGAGAUGCCGUGGGAAAGGACAUAGCGAAGUACAUCCCUAUUCCUAUGGCUAUGGCAAUACCCUUUUAUCUGGGAUCUUAUUUUGCUAUCGAUAUGUGUCUUGGGAGCUUGAUCCUGUUCAUCUGGGGGAAGAUAGACAAGGCCAAGGCAGAUGCAUUUGGACCUGCCGUGGCUUCUGGGUUGAUUUGUGGGGAGGGGAUAUGGACUUUGCCUAGUUCGAUUCUGGCAUUGGCGGGUGUACAACCACCUAUAUGCAUGAAGUUUCUGGCAAGGAAGACAAACGCUAAGGUUGAUGCUUUCUUGGGUUCUUAAGGCUUCCCAACUAGCUUUCAGCAAGUAUGGCCUCCUGUGCCAGGUUUCCUUUUAUCUUCUUCUUAAGUUCCACUUCUUUCUUGCAUCUCUCCUUUUUUUUUAUUAUGGGUGUUGUGUAUCCAUUUGAAGUCUGUAGAGUAUGUACUUGUCUAUGACACACUAGCUUGUUCCACCCCCAUUUCUCGGGUCGUUUUAAUCUCUGUAAUAUUUUUCUGAGAUUAAUAAAAUUUCUUUUUAGCUGCUCAAAAAAA